AUGUCCUCCCUCCCGCAAGGCGUCCACCUCACCCUGCCCGCUCCAAAGGGAGCCGAGAAGAUCCUCUCGACCGAGGCGCUCGAGUUCCUCGCUGUCCUCCACAGGACGUUCAACGCGCGCCGUCUCGAGCUGCUCGAGAACCGGAAGAAGGUCCAGCAGGAGCUUGACUCGGGCAAGCCGCUCACGUUCCUCCCCGAGACGAAGGAUAUCCGGGACUCGCCCUCAUGGGUCUGUGCACCCCCCGCACGGGGUCUCGAGGACCGACGAGUCGAGAUCACCGGUCCUACUGAUCGCAAGAUGGUCAUCAACGCGCUCAACUCGGGCGCCAAGACGUUCAUGGCGGACUUCGAGGACUCCAACUCGCCCACUUGGUCCAACAUGGUUCUGGGGCAACUCAACAUGCACGAUGCCAUCACACGCCAAAUUGACUUUGAGGUCAAGGGCAAGGCGUACAAACUCAGCGAGAACCCUGCGACCCUCCUCAUCCGUCCUCGUGGAUGGCACCUCGACGAGCCCCGUCUCCUGAUCGAUGGCCAACCCAUGUCUGCCUCCCUCUUCGACUUCGGUCUCUACUUCUACCACAACGCCGCCGAGCUCAUCAAACGCGGCUCCGGUCCCUACUUCUACCUUCCCAAGAUGGAGCACCAUCUCGAAGCUCGGCUCUGGAACGACGCCUUCUGCCUCUCCACCAGCAAGCUUGGCGUCCAGCAGGGAUGCAUCCGGGCCACGGUGCUUAUCGAGACUCUGCCGGCCGCAUUCCAGAUGGAGGAGAUCUUGUACGAGCUGAGGGAGCACUCGGCGGGCCUCAACUGUGGUCGAUGGGACUACAUCUUCAGCUUCAUCAAGAAGCAGCGCGCACACAAGAGCUGCGUCUUCCCGGACCGCACGGAUGUCACCAUGACCGUCCCUUUCAUGAAUGCCUACGUUCAGCUCUUGAUUCAGACCUGCCACAAGCGGAAAGUCGCAGCAAUGGGCGGCAUGUCGGCCAACAUCCCCAUCAAGAACGACAAGGCAGCCAACGACAAAGUCAACGGCAAGGUUACCGCCGACAAGCUCCGCGAGGUCACUGCCGGUCACGACGGUACAUGGGUCGCCCAUCCUGGUCUCAUCCCUGUCGCGAUGAAGGUAUUUGACGAGCACAUGAAGGGUCCUAACCAGUACCACGUUCGGAGGGACGAUGUCAAGGUCACCGACAAGCAGAUCGCGGAUCCCAGCGUGCCGGGCAAGAUCACCGAGCAGGGUGUGCGGGAUAACGUUUCUGCGGCUCUCUCAUACUGCGCCGCCUGGAUCUCUGGGAAUGGCUGUGUGCCCAUCAACAAUCUCAUGGAGGAUGCGGCUACUGCGGAGAUCGCCAGGGUACAGCUCUGGCAGUGGGUCAAGUACGGGUCAAAGACGGACUCUGGCAAGGCCAUCACCCCAUCCUACCUCGAGCCCAUCUUCAAGGAGGAGUCUGCGAAGGUCGCUUCCAUCCCCGGUAUCGACGCCAACCAUGUCAAGAUCGCCUCGGAGUAUAUGCUCUCUCAGGUCAAGGCGACAUGGCCGAGCGACUUCUUGACUAGCGACUUGAUGAUUCACCUCGAGGGGGUGGGAGUGUCUGGUGGGUCAAGGAAGGCGGCGUUGUGA